UUAAAUAAAUAUUUUGAAAAGGAAUUGUUGCAAUUCAAUUAUGUAUUACCAAAUCUUGACCUUUGUUGUUGUUAUUGUAGAUUUGAGAGAUUCAUUAAACUGCGACUUGCAGCCGCUACAGCUCAAUCACGAUGUUCGUUUCAACGAUAAUACUUACGACAAUUUUCGCUAUUGUUUCUGUGUUUGCUUUAAAAUGGAUCAAGUGUCAUGUAAAAAAUUAUAUUUUAUUGAAUAAACUCCCAGGACCUCCUCCUAGUGGACUCUUUGUUGGAAAUAUCACUUAUUUGCAGACAACUCCAGAGGGCAUUUUUAACCGGUUGAGAGAAGCUAAUAAAAAUUUUUACCCAAUUUAUAAAAUUUUUGCUGUCCACCGAAUGGGGGCCAAUAUACUUAGCCCAGAAGAUUGCGAGCUAGUUUUAUCGAACCCGAUCCACAAUGAAAAAGGUUACAUUUACAAAUUGCUCCACCAGUGGCUUAAAAAGGGUCUCUUGACCAGUAAAGAUCAAAAGUGGCAAACGCGUCGCAGGAUUUUGACUCCUGCUUUCCACUUCAAUAUUUUGCAACAGUUUAUUUUGGUCUUUAACGAAGAGGCCGAACAACUCGUCGAAAUGUUGAGGAAAGAGUGUCACAAGCCCUACAUCAACAUCACCCCUCAUAUAUCACAAUUUACCCUCAAAUCAAUCACAGAAACUGCAAUGGGUACCAAACUCGACUUUAACACGAAAAAGGAGAUUCGGUACAAAGAAGCCGUCUACAAAAUUGGCGAAAUCUUGAUGUACCGCAUUACCCACCCUUGGUUCAUCGAACCUUUCCUCAAUAUUUUUAGCCCUCAUUUCAUCCAAGAACGCCGAGUUACCAACACUUUGCACAAAUUUACCAAAGAAGUGAUCGAAGAUCGGGAGAAGAAUUUCAAAGAUAUUGAGUUACCAACUGAGGAACAUGACGUUUACAAGGGGAAGAAACGACUCGCCAUGCUCGAUUUGCUACUUUCAGCCAAAAACAAAGACGGGAUUAUUGACAAUGAAGGGAUCCAAGAGGAGGUUGAUACUUUUAUGUUUGAGGGGCAUGACACCACAGCCGUGGCUUUAAAUUUCGCCUUGAUGCUCAUUGCGUGUCACAAAGAUGUCCAGGAAAACAUCCUGCAGGAAAUGAGGGAUGUUCUAGGUGACAUCCAUACCAAACCCACUUACAACGAUUUACAAAAUUUCAAAUAUAUGGAACGGUGUAUUAAAGAGAGUCUCAGGUUGUACCCCAGUGUUCAUUUUAUCAGUAGGGCUCUCGGGGCAGAUAUGAGAACACACAAAGGUUAUCUUAUCCCAAAAGACACCAUUACGGUUAUCCACAUUUAUGACUUGCAUCACAAUCCUGAUAUUUAUCCUGAUCCUGAGAAAUUUGAUCCUGACCGUUUCCUUCCUGAAAACAGUCAGAAGAGACACCCGUUUGCUUAUUUACCGUUUAGUGCAGGACCGAGGAAUUGCAUUGGUCAGAGGUUUGCGAUGUUGGAACUCAAAGCUGCCAUUUGUGCCAUUUUGGCCAAGUUUGUACUUGAACCGGUUGACACUCCUGAGACCAUUGUGUUGGUUGUUGAUAUUGUGCUCAGGACUAAAGAGGACAUCAAGAUUAGAUUUGUACCAAGAGAGUAGUAAAGAUUUUGUAGCCACCAAUUAAUAGGUACUUUUGAUAUUUUUGUAACUACACGAGAAAUAAAAGUUUUUAGAGAA